UGUAUCUCGCUACAAUUAAUAAUUAUUUGAUCAACACGAUCAGUCACCACCCCACAUGGCUGGUGACGUAUAAUUCAAGACUUUAGUCUGUUCAUUACCCUUAUGAUCAUUGAUCGAUCAUCCAUCCUUCUAAUACAACAGCAGCAACCCGGAUCUAGAAACCAAGGAAUGGCGCGCACCACAGCGCCCGGCGCCACCCAUGCUUCUCCUCUUAACGCCACCAGGCUCAUGCGCCGCACGGCCCUGAACCGUGCAUUCGCUGCAGUCUACGCAUGUGCCAUCGCAGCCCUGUUUUAUAACCAUGUACUUAAGCUCAGCAACUCCACCUCCUUGAUCACCUUCUUCCUCUCCCUCUCCUUGUUACUCUCUGAUCUUGUUCUUGCUUUCAUGUGGAUCACCACCCAGUCUUUCCGCAUGCGACCAAUCCGCCGUGAGGCAUUCCCUGAAAACCUCAAACAAGUCGUUGUCGACGACAAAGGUUUCCCGGCGCUGGACGUGUUCAUAUGCACUGCGGAUCCAUAUAAGGAACCACCCAUGGGCGUGGUGAACACGGCCUUAUCGGUCAUGGCUUACGAAUACCCUACAAAUAAGGUUUCAGUCUAUGUUUCUGACGAUGGGGGCUCGCAGCUUACACUCUUUGCUUUCAUGGAGGCUGCCAACUUUGCAAGGCACUGGUUACCCUUCUGCAGGAAGAAUGAUAUUGUGGAGAGGAGCCCCGGCGUGUAUUUCUCUUCAGAUCAUGAUCACCCAUCUUUCUGCUCUGAAACUGAAAGUAUUAAGACGAUGUACUAUAGCAUGAAGGCGAGGGUAGAGAAUAUUGUUGAGAGAGGAAAAGUUGGUGAGGAGUACAUUGCGAGUGAACAAGAGCAAGAAGCUUUCAACAAAUGGACUGCUGGAUCAUUUACACGUCAAGAUCAUCCUACCGUUAUUCAGGUUCUAUUGGACAGCGACAAAGACAAAGACAUGAUCACAGGCCAUGUAAUGCCAAAUCUUAUAUAUGUCUCCAGAGAAAAGAGCAGGACUUCACCCCACCAUUUUAAGGCAGGCGCCCUUAAUGUCCUGCUUCGAGUGUCGGCUAUCAUGACGAAUGCACCAAUCAUUUUGACCCAAGAUUGUGACAUGUACUCCAACGAUGCUCAAACGCCUCUACGUGCUCUAUGUUACCUAUUGGACCCUAAGUUUCAAUCAAACUUAGGGUACCUUCAGUUCCCUCAACGAUUUAAUGGGAUCAACAGGACAGACAUCUAUGCUUGUGCUUUUAUGCGUUUGUUUCGAAUUAAUCCUUCUGGAAUGGACGGACUUUUAGGCCCCAAUUAUGUCGGAACCGGAUGCUUUUUCAAACGGCGAGUAUUCUUUGGAGCCCCAUCAUCUUUGGUGCCACCGGAAAUUCCAGAACUGAGCCCCGGCCACACUGUUGAUGACAAGUCUAUCCAGUCCCGACUAACAUUGACAAUGGCACACCAUGUAGCCAAUUGCAAUUAUGAGAACCACACCAUGUGGGGCUCUAAGAUAGGGUUCAGAUAUGGGUCUCUGGUGGAGGACUUCUACACAGGGUAUCGACUAAAGUGUGAGGGAUGGAGGUCCAUGUUUUUGUAUCCUGACAGGGCAGCCUUUUAUGGGGAUUCACCAAUCAACCUUCUUGAUGUGCUAAAUCAGACUAAGCGAUGGGCCAUUGGCCUCCUCGAGGUGGCCUUCUCUCGAUAUUGUCCUUUAACCUUUGGGGCACGGUCCAUGGGUCUUCUCAUGGGCCUCUCCUAUGCACAUUAUGCCUUCUGGCCCAUCUAUUCCAUUCCAAUCACCAUUUAUGCCUUCCUCCCCCAGCUUGCCCUCCUCAAUGGGAUUACUAUUUUCCCGAUGGUCUCAGAGCAAUGGUUUCCCUUGUACGUGUUCCUUUUCCUGGGUUCCUACGGGCAGGAUUUCCUGGAUUUUUCCUCAGCUGGAGGAACCUUGGAGAGUUGGUGGAACGAGCAAAGAAUGUGGAUGAUAAGGGGACCCUCUUGUUACUUGUUUGGUUUGGUUGAGUACUUGCUCAAGUCCAUAGGCAUUUCCGCACAGGGUUUCAACGUCACCAGCAAAGUUCUGGACGACGAGCAAAGCAAAAGAUACGAACAAGGUAUCUUUGAGUUUGGAGUCUCAUCGCCCAUGUUUGUGCCGCUGACAGCGGCGGCGAUAAUCAACUUGGUCUCCUUUCUUGGGGGCCUCGUGAGAGUUUGCACAGGCAGCAGUAGAUGGGAAGGAGCAUUCGUGCAGAUGUUCAUAGCAGGUUUUGUCACCCUUAACUGCUGGCCAAUCUACGAAGCCAUGGUGUUGAGGAGUGACAAAGGAAGGAUGCCUACUAAAACUACUCUGAUAUCAACUUUUCUGGCAUCUGCCCUUUAUAUAGCAUCUUUUCUUGCCCUAAGAAGGAACUGAGAUAAGGGCUCUGAUCUUUGUGGUUAAAACCUUCUCAUUUUAUUUACUAUUUGAGAUUAAUAGAAACUUUUGUAUUUUCAUAUGGACUUCUGAAUCACAAUAAUGGUUUUGUAGUUA